AGAGGCUUCUGACCUUUAUUUUUUGGAUUUGCAGAAGUAUGGUUAGGAGAAGAAGGACUCAAAAUACAAUUGUCUGAAAAGAUGCAGAGGGGCAGAAUUUCAAAUUUCCUUGUUCAUCUCAGGCUUAUGAGAGUGUCUCAGUGUAUAUAUGCAAUGUAAUUUUGCUUUAGGGUGUGUAAUACUUUUCAGACAAUGUGGGAAUGAACCAAGAAGUGAGGAUUUUGACCAGGAAUAUACAGGUUGUGCUUCUGAGAUAACUUCAUUUUUCUUUAUUUUCUUCUGUAUUAUCUUUAGUUUGUUUUUAGGAGGUAUUUCCACACUGAGUAUGCUCUUCAGUAUUGUUACUAUUUGUUUCGGUUACGGGAAAAGUACUGUGAACUACUGGAAAAAGUACCUUAAGGAACAGGUACUUAGCCCUGGGUUUUGGCCUUAUAGCAGCUACUGGUCUGUUUUUCAGUUUUGUCUUAGCCUGUUUCGGAUCUGAAGGUUGUUCUUUUUCCUUUUGUCUUUUAUAUUGACCACAUGAAAACUUGCCUCUGGAACUAGUACACUUACACCAGAACUGUGUUCAGGUGAUUUUGAUGGUCUGGGCUGGUGUGUGUGUUUAAUUGGCAACAUUUUUGUCUGUCAUGCACAGAAAGUCCUGGUCCAUGUCAAACCUGUUCUUGUAGAGAGAUUUCUUUCUGCGUUGUAAGAGGUGGUCUCUUGUAAAUCCUUAUUCUCCAGCAUCAGAAAUUAUAUCUGAUCUUCCAUGAAAUGACGACAGCAGGUCUUUGUGAAAUGAACCAUUCAGUGUACCUUUAGCGAGCAAAGUUUGUGGCCCAAAACUGGUACAUGUUUCAAUGGCAGCCGUAGUAAAUCCUACUCUGGAAAGACACUGUGUGUGAGAGACAUCCUCCCUCCUGCAGUUUGCAUGGAUAAUGUCGAAAAGGAAGGAAUCUUGCAAUACUCGGGCUCUUAAAACACACUAGAGUUCGCUGGAAGUGAAAAACAGAGUCUCAGGUUCAGUUGCUUAUGCUCUCCUGGAGAUGAUAAAAUGAACUUUCUGUCUCAAAGGAUGCUUAUUUUUACAUGGAUUGCUUUUUGAAGAGAAGAUUUUCAUUUUUGGAAAUAGAGUCAGGCUUUGAUUAGGCUUUUCUUCUUAUCACUUUGGGAAUUACUCUUAAAAGUUGAAAGUGUUCUCGUCAAGUUUACUACCGUGAGUCAUGUUCUCAUUGAACACAGUAGAAGCAGUUAACAGUUUACUGAAGGGGUCAAUGAAAAGAAUUUUGCUGAAAGGUUUCUGGGAAAUCCCAGCUCACAAGAAAACGAGGAGAUUAGAUUUUCUGCACCCACCUAGAAGCAAAGGUAUUUUGGCACUUGAUUUUCAAGUCUGCAGCCUGAAGGCAUGUAGUAGGGCUUUGCUGCUAGCAGAACACUCAGGCCUUAUUGAUAGCACGAUUGGUAAGUGGUGAGCAAAGACUGGGGGCAUUUGAUGUGCUAUCUAGAGUUCUUGUCAGUUUAACUUAGAGUGGAUGUGCCUUUCUGCACUUGUCUUGUCAUGGUUUUUCUGCUCUUCAACUUACACUUUUUUUGGCUGCCUGCUGUUUCCCGUGGAGAUCAUGAAACGACGUCGGCUUCCUAGCAGCAGUGAGGAUUCUGACGACAAUGGCAGUCUGUCCACCUGGUCCCAGCAUUCCAGAUCUCGACGUCGGAGGACUUCGUGUUCCAGGCAUGAAGAUCGAAAACCUUCUGAGGUGUUCAGAACGGACCUGAUCACUGCCAUGAAGUUACAUGACUCCUUCCAGCUGAACCCUGAUGAAUACUAUGUGCUGGCAGACCCCUGGAGGCAGGAGUGGGAAAAGGGAGUGCAGGUGCCAGUUAGCCCAGGGACCAUCCCAGAACCAGUAGCCAGGAUUGUGUCUGAGACAAAAGCUGUCACGUUUACACGUCCCAGGAAGUACAUUGCUUCAUCGGGCUCGGAGCCUCCAGAGCUGGGCUAUGUUGACAUUCGGACCUUAGCAGACAGCGUGUGUCGCUAUGAUCUCAAUGAUGUGGACGUAGCAUGGUUGCAACUUGCCAACGAAGAAUUCAAAGAAAUGGGGAUGCCUGAGCUGGACGAGUACACAAUGGAAAGGGUCAUAGAGGAGUUUGAACAACGGUGCUAUGACAACAUGAACCAUGCUAUCGAGACAGAAGAAGGACUUGGGAUUGAAUAUGAUGAAGAUGUUGUCUGUGACGUCUGUCAGUCUCCAGAUGGAGAAGAUGGCAACGAAAUGGUGUUUUGUGACAAAUGCAAUAUUUGUGUGCAUCAGGCAUGUUACGGGAUCCUGAAGGUGCCGGAGGGCAGCUGGCUGUGCAGGACCUGCGCGCUUGGUGUUCAGCCCAAGUGCUUGCUGUGUCCCAAGAAGGGUGGCGCCAUGAAGCCGACCCGGAGCGGCACCAAGUGGGUUCACGUCAGCUGUGCUCUGUGGAUUCCAGAGGUGAGCAUUGGAAGUCCAGAGAAAAUGGAGCCCAUUACAAAAGUGUCUCACAUUCCCAGCAGUAGAUGGGCAUUGGUGUGCAGCCUUUGUAAUGAAAAAGUUGGGGCUUCUAUACAGUGUUCAGUGAAGAACUGCAGAACAGCCUUUCACGUCACCUGUGCGUUUGACCGUGGCUUGGAGAUGAAGACGAUACUGGCAGAGAAUGAUGAGGUGAAAUUCAAGUCGUACUGUCCCAAGCACAGCUCCACCAAGAAAGCAGAUGACGAGACCUUCAGUGAGAGCCCGGGCCAAGAGAAUGGGAACGGGAUUCAGGACAGCUCUCUUCCUGCCCACAUCGAUCCUUUCCACAGCAUGGAUCAAAACCAGGAGGAGGCCCACAGAGUCAGCCUCCGCAAGCAAAAGCUCCAGCAGCUGGAGGACGAGUUCUAUACUUUUGUUGAGUCUUCGGAAGUGGCUAAAGUGCUGCGGCUGCCUGAGGAGCCGGUGGGAUUCCUUUACGAGUACUGGAAGCUGAAAAGAAAAGCCAACUUCAAUAAGCCUUUGAUUACCCCAAAGAAGGAUGAAGAAGACAAUCUGGCCAAACGAGAGCAGGACGUUCUGUUCAGAAGGCUGCAGCUCUUCACACACCUCCGGCAGGAUCUGGAGCGGGUGCGUAAUCUCACUUACAUGGUGACCCGAAGGGAGAAAAUCAAGAGAUCUGUUUGCAAAGUUCAAGAACAGAUAUUUAACAUCUACGCAAAGCAGUUGGAACAAGAAAGAGUUUCAGGUGUGCCUUCCUCAUUCUCCUCAAUGGAAAACGUGGUGUUGUUCAAUAGUCCAUCUUUGGGUCCCGACGCCCCUAAGAUAGAGGAUUUAAAAUGGCAUUCUGCGUUCUUCAGGAAACAAAUGGGCACAUCUCUAACACACACUUUGAAAAAACCACACAAGAGAGACAGAGUAAGAAAUAGCUCUGGGAAUGACAGCAAGUCCAUGCUGAGGCAGCCCAGCCAGAGGGAAGGUGGCGUGGCUCCAGGUAGCUUUUUAAAUUUUGACAAGACCUUUGCAGAAACACGGAUUGUAUCAGCACAGCAGAAAAACGGCAUAGUUAUGCCAGACCACAGAAAAAGAAGAGACAAUCAUCCACAAUGCGAGGUAAUCAAGGCAGAACUAAAGGAAAAAACUUCCAAACACAACCACAAACCACUGAGACCCACAGAACUCUCUCAGAGGCAAUCAGAAAACAAAAGGGCUGUGAACCACUCCAGUGGUAGGUCAGCACCUGGCACACGGAGAGAUAUAGUGCCUAAAUGCAAUGGGGGUCUUGUCAAAGUAAACUCUAAUCAGACAGUAGUUAAAGUGCCUACGACGCCCACGAGCCCAGUGAAAAACUGGGGCGGAUUCCGAAUUCCAAAGAAGGGGGAGAGGCAGCAGCAGGGCGAGAGCCCAGAGGAGACAUGCCGCCAGAACUCCAGCUACCCCUAUCUGGGUAUGGGCAGAGUUUCACCGAAGGACAGGGCAAAAAGCAAGCUAAAGCCUGACAGCGAGAAUGAUGGGUACGUCCCUGAUGCGGAAAUGAGCGACUCAGAAACUGAAGUGGCUGAAAAAAAAUGCAGACAGCAGAGGCUCAGUCCAAACAGCUCUAUCAGCAGGAGGACGGACAUUAUUAGGAGAAGCAUCCUGGCAUCCUGACGGGGCAGCGCGGCACCAUGGUCAGUAGAGUCACUGCCUACAAGCCAACUUCACUUUAUUUAUUGGUGUGAGAGGGGAGAGUUCUUAGACGUGACUACGGACUGACAAAUUGAUAACCCAUUAUUCCCAAGCUGUAUAAACAUGUUUACAUACUCUUAAAGCUGGAUUUGUUUGCUCCCCAACUCAUUCUGUGACAAGUUUCUAUCUCCUUUAUUUGCAACCUUUCCGGGCAAGCAGAGAAAUGACAUCACUACUAAACCAGGAUUUGGUGAUGAACACUAAAGUAACUCACAGAAACAUUUAGGGGGCUAGGGUGGGUAGGGGGAAGUAGGCUGCAUUCAUCCCUUUUAGCAAAACAACACUGUUACAAUUCUCUUACCUUCCCCUGCUUUCCAGAAAAGCACAAGCUCUUAAUUUAACUAGUGUGUGUAUUGAAUCAAAGAUGGUUAUUUAUGUAACCAUAUUGCACUGCUACACCCCCUUACAAAUGGUCACUUGCCUUGGAUUGGUGGUAGGUCUUUGUCCUCCAUUUGCAGAAUGUUUUUGUUGCACUCUGAGAAUAGGUGGCAGCCAAAAACCCUCCGCAAGCUCCAGUCUAGGUACAGCUGGGUCUGCGAGAUAACCAGACUUAACCGGGGUGUUACACUGGAGAAAAAGGAAGGGACAGGUCAGGGCUACAGCUGCCACACACUGCAACAGCUUCAAGGUACUCAGGCUGAGUGUGUGGCUUAGUUCUGAGAAGGGGGGCAGGCUUGUGGGUUCCUGGGCCCUCUGGCAUAACCUGCAGCAUUUAGUCAGUCACCUGCCUCCUGGAAUACAUUGACAAUUUAAGAAAAAAUAUUCUAAGGCACUAGUCAUUAGGAUUUCCCAAAGCCCACCACGUAUGCACUACUAAUGGUAUGUACUGGGAAAGCCAAGCUUAUGACACUAAAGGGUUACUUUAAAAUGGACAUAAAUAUAUAUUUUUAAAUAAAAUGGAAAGGCAAUAAAUUGUGAUUAGCUCUUUACAGUCAAAUGAAGAAAAAAGUAUUCUAUUCUGGACUAGAUUUGAUGGAAGAGGGAACUCAUGCAUACUUUUUUUUAAUAAUUGCAAAUGGCAAUAACUAGUAAGCUAUGAGCAAUAAUAUUAAUAUUUCAUUAUUGUACUUUUUUGUACUGAGUGCACAUGUAACUGGAUUGUUAGAAGCCUGUCAAUUUGGAAUUCUGCAUAGAUUUAAGUCAGGUAUGCAUUGGUUAAAAGGAAGUUUAAGCAGGCAAUGUGCUACAGAAAUACAGGCGUAAAGAACAAAAUCCCAUUAUUUUCCACUCCUAGCCUGCCAUUGCCACGUUCACUUACAUUUUAAUGUUAGACCCUUCCGUCUUGAGCAGGGAAAAUUUUAAAAUACAGUAGAACUCUGCCAUAAAUGAGUCUUCCAGAGGAUUCAAUCAAAAAAGGCUUAUUAACACCCCAUCUUGCUAUGCAAGUUACUGCUUACUUAAACAUUUCGACAGAAUGCGUCCCUAUCAUUUGUGUUUUAAAAGUUUUAAGUCUUGACCUUUUGAUACUUUUUGGGGUGAUGGUGAGAAAAGGAUAUUUUGUUUAACAUGGCAUACUUCUAAAAUACCAUUGCUGGACCCAAGAAGUUGGAUUGACCUCACGACACACGUAGGUUAAAAUUAAACAGGGCAGUGGUGAACAUGAAACUAUGUAGUUGCUCUUGGGAUGUGAUAAAAUGAAAGCAUUUACCUGAUCAAAAAGCAACCGACAGACAAAAGGUAAGUGCAGGUAGUUCUACUCGACAUACAGCAACAUUUUCAAGGCAGGCAUUGCUAUUUUCUGUAAGAAGCUCACGACCAUGUAAGGAAUUGUUUGUCAAGCCAUAGAUGGAAUAAUCUAAAUUUUGAUUCUAAGUAAACAGUUAACCUCACACCGAUUUGAAAGAGGUACCUUAUUAAUUUGCACUAUUAUGAAUGCUAACAUUGUGCAGAAUUAAUGCCUUACCUGUUCUGCUCCCUGAUGUUUAGGUUAAUAAGCUUUCUAACGUUUCAAGUUAUGCUGAACCAAAACCAAAAAAACUCUUUUCCCCCCACCCCAAUUACAAAAAGCUGUAAGAUGACUGCAGUGUGACCAGCUCUGUAGGAUAGUUUUGUCUCCCAUGCUUAGCGCUCAACAAAGAGGUGUCGUAAGCAGCAGUGAUAAUACAAACCCAUGCCCUCUGUUCUAUUGGGAUAGACCAUUUUCUUAAUUUCUGUUUCUGAGCAUUACCUUUCCUUGUGCAGACUGACCAAGAAAUCUUUGAUUAUGAUUGGUGUAUUAUGUCAAACUGUAGGCUAGUUGAACUUUUUGUAAAGUUGCCUGGAAUGCCAUUUGUUAGGUUAUGAACUCACACAAAUCUAAAUGAAGGGUUAUACGUGUUGUGUACAAAUCUUAAUUUCAGAAAAUUGAAAAAUUUGUCAUUACAUUUGUAAAACCUUGUACAGAAGAUUUUUCACUAUGUGCCUAGCUUUGGUGUCCAUUCAGCUGAAAUUAAUUAAAAAAAAGGUGCAUGAAGAGAAACAGAUAGAAAUAAAAAGUAUAUGUAGAGAUGACUAUUUUAUAUUACAUGGCCCAGUCCUGUAUUUAUUUUCCCCCUUUUUUGAAGUAUUUAUAAAGACCUAGUUGAAGACAGCUGUAUUUUUUGUUAAAAUAUUCAGUAGAAUUGUGCCUUUUUGUCUGUAUGUGAAUAAAUGCUGUACAUUUUUGC